AUGGCUGACGCAGCCGCACCAGCGCCUGAACUCAAGGAGUACCCGGAGUUUCCCGGGCAAAAGCUCUCCAAGAGGUACGUAUAUUGCGUUUCUUGUUGUCGUUGUCAUCAUCAUCGUCAUCAUCAUCAUCAUCAUCAUCAUCACCGCUUUGGAUUUUUACACAUCCGUUUUAGGAAUACUCACCUUCUUCUUCUCUCUCGCAUACAAAAACACACACAAAACUUUAGCGAGUACAAAAAAAUGCUCAAGAGACAAAAAGCGGACGAAGAAAAAGCCGCAAAAGCUGCCGCCAAGGCGGAGAAAGAAAAGAAUCAACCGACGAAGACGAAAUCCGCGGAAGAUUCCGAGGCUGAUUUAGACCCGACGCAAUACACGGAGAAUAGAAUCAAGCAAGUCCUCGCGCAGAAGAAAGCGGGCGGGCAUCCGUACCCGCACAAGUUUCACGUCUCUUUGCAAUUGAAAGACUUCAUCGCGAAAUACGAAUCUGCCACGAAGGAUGGCGAACAGUUGGACGAAGAAGUCAGUUUGGCCGGGAGAAUUAUGAACAAGAGAGCGAGCGGGAACUCGUUGAUCUUUUACGAUUUGUGCGCGGAAGGAUUGAAGGUGCAAGUGACUGCGGAGGCGCAAGCGGCGGAAAGUUUGGAAGACUUUAAGGCGACGCACGAGAGAACGAGAAGAGGUGAUAUUGUCGGGGUGAGAGGAAAACCAGGGAAGACGAGAAAAGGGCAGUUAUCGUUGUUUCCGUCGUUUACGCAAAUUUUGACGCCGUGCUUGCACAUGCUUCCAAGAACGGAAGGUUCCGGGUUGAAGGAUCAAGAGACGAGAUACCGCAUGCGCUUUUUGGAUUUAAUCAUGAACAACAACGUUCGCGAUACGUUCAUCAUGCGAUCUAAUAUCAUUCGCUACGUGAGAAAGUACUUGGACGACAGAGAUUUUGUUGAAGUGGAAACGCCGAUGAUGAACAUGAUCGCCGGCGGCGCCACGGCGAAGCCGUUUAUUACGCACCACAACGAUUUGAACAUGACGUUGUUUAUGCGCAUCGCUCCGGAAUUGUACUUAAAAGAAUUAGUCGUCGGUGGUAUGGAGCGCGUGUAUGAAAUCGGUCGUCAAUUCAGAAACGAAGGCAUUGACAUGACGCACAACCCGGAAUUUACGACCUGCGAAUUUUACCAAGCGUACGCUGAUUACGACGAUUUGAUGAGGAUGACGGAAGAAAUCAUUAGUGGAAUGGUUAAGGACUUGACAGGAUCCUAUGUCAUUCAAUACCACGCGAACGGACCGGAAGAGGAACCGGUGACGAUCGAUUUUACGCCACCGUUUAGACGCAUUUCGAUGGUUUCUGGUUUGGAGGAAGCUUUGAACAUCAAGUUCCCGGAGGAAGGCUUUGGCUCUCAAGAGUGCGAAGAUUUCUUGAAAAAAACUUUGAAAGAUUUGGACAUCACGGACUUGCCGUUGCCGCAUACCACGGCACGCAUGCUCGAUAAACUCGUCGGUGAUUAUUUGGAGGAGCAAUUGGUGAACCCGGGCUUUAUUUGCGAUCACCCGCAAAUCAUGUCGCCGUUGGCGAAAUACCACAGAUCUCUCCCGGGCAUGACGGAACGCUUCGAACUUUUCGUGAACAAGAGAGAGUUGUGCAACGCGUACACGGAGUUGAACGACCCGAUCGAUCAAAGAGACCGAUUUGCGGAACAAGCGAAAGCCAAAUCGUCCGGUGAUGACGAGGCGAUGCUUAUCGACGAAAUGUUUGUGACGAGUUUGGAGUACGGUUUGCCGCCGACGGGCGGUUGGGGAUUGGGCAUCGAUCGAUUGACGAUGAUGCUCGCCGACCACAACACCAUCAAGGAAGUUUUGUUGUUUCCGAUGAUGAAACCAGACGCCACAGGUCAACAAGUCGCGGACGACAUGAAGAAAUUAUCUGUUAAAGGAGACGGUGCGUAA